UAACUCACUAUUUUUGAUAAGAACAAAGUGAAAGUGAAAUGGAAACAAUAAGCAUUAAAGAACGUUUUCUUGAAGAUAAUACGGACUUCAAAGAAAUCAAGCCUACCCAAGAGUUGACCACAAUCGGUGGAUUCCCAGGCAUCGAUGAGGUGGAAGAUGAAGUUUGGUUUCUGCAAUGCCCGAAAGGAUUUGAUGUUGAAUCAGAAUUGCAAGGCCAAAAAUUUAAAAUUCCUGGUCGUACAAAUUUCAAUUCGUGUGAAGCUGUAGCAGUGGAAUAUGCUGAGCCCGAGACGCGUGCAUUUGGUUAUUGCAAUCGUAAAGGUCGCUAUUCGCUACGUUUAUUGCCAGUAAAGGGCAACAUACUGCUGCGCGGACGUCUGAAGGCAACAGAAGCAGUAACAUUGGAAAAUGCUGAGGCUAUGUGCCCGCCGCAGGGUCGAGUACCAUUUCCGGAAAUGAUCAAGGUCCGCCAUCCUCUGCAUGGUCAUCAAUUCGACAAAAGCAUACGUGUUAACAAGGCUAUCGCGGAACGACUGAAGAAGGCAGAUGAAAUAUCGGCGAAAGUACUAUAUGAUGCUAUUAAAAAUAGGAAUAUUAUAAAAAAAGUAAAUUCUGGUUUGUCCAAAAGGAAACAAAGACCAAAGGCGUUUACAACGAAUGAGCAAAAUGCAAUUCAAAUUGAUAGCACUGACGAGGAUGUAGUGUUUGAACGUGAGGAAAAAACAAAGAAAGGAAAAAAAGUCCGGAAGAACUCCGAAAGCAUCGUUACGGGUGAGGAAGAGGGCUUGAAAUCCACAAAUGAAGUCGCUAAGAAACAGAAAAAAUCACACAAAACUAGCAUAGGCGAAGUUUCAAAAGAUUUGCAAUGGCUUCAAAAUAUAUAGCUAUAAUAAAGUCUGUGCAAAAAUAAGAUCUUUUAUAUAAAUAUUUAAUUACAUAAAAAAUAAGGAGUGUCUAUUUACACACGCCACGGUAACUUUUACUGUUAUAAUCCCUAAGCGCGGCCAAAGGCCGCCUACGCAGAAAGACGUUUCGGUUCACUUCUCGGCAACAUGUAGAGGAGAAUUCUGCGAAGUAAGGGUUAUAAUCCCUAAGCGCGGCCGAAGGCCCCCUACACAGAAAGAAGUUCCGCCCCACCUUUCUGGCAACAGAGAAAGGAGAAUUCUGCGUAUUAAGGGUAUUAAGCGCGUUAUAAUCCCUAAGCGCGUUCAAAGGCCGCCUACGCAGAAAGGAUUUCCGCCCCAUUUCCCCUUUACCACUAUAGUCGGAGGUCUUUAAAUUAAAGUUUGCUCAAAAAAAUAGGUAACCUCGGAUCCAUUGUAAUUUUCUUCGUAGAUCCACUGUUAUCACUGAGACAAAAUAUUUAUAAGUCUUCAAAGUCUUUUUCAUAAUCAGGCAGGUUCUGCAAUUCACUUCCGAGUGAAUUUCAAUCAAACUCGCUUUGUAUUCAAAUUGGCCGGCGUUGAAAUUCAGUAGGAAGUGAAUUGCAGAACCUGCCCGAAUAAUCAUGAGUUUGGGACCUGUUCGGGACUAUAUACAAAAUUUUUUCGCUCAUAAUUAUUAUCAAAAGGUUUUUUAAUAUAAGUCUCUAAAUUAGGGCUGAUGAUUUCACCCGGGUAAUGAGCUACCCGGGUACCCGGGUAGCGGGUGAAGCCCUACCCGGGUAUUGAAUUACCCGGGUAGCCCGGGUACCCGGGUAUUUUAUAACCCGGGUAGACCGGGUACCCGGGCAGUAUGGUAAUUACCCGGGUACCCG